CCCCGCCCCCGCACAGGAGCCAAUCCUAAGCAGCCGAGGGGACGAACCCGGAAGCGAGAUCCGCGGCGGCGAUUUUCCCUGGUAUAAGAUUUCAGAUCUUGAUGAAUAAAAUAAAAUAGACAUAAUUCAUCCCUAGAAAGAUUAUUCAUACCCUGGAAUUUGAAAUGCUUUUUAUUUAGAAUAAUAGUAAGAAUGGAAAAAGAAAAAGUAAAUGAUGAUGAAAAACAAGACUCAGAGAAUUCCUUGGACUUUUCUGAACACUUUAACCAACUUGAAUUGUUGGAGACACAUGGACACCUUAUUCCCACUGGUACUCAAAGUCUCUGGGUAGGAAAUUCUGAUGAAGAUGAGGAACAAGAUGAAAAAAACGAAGAAUGGUAUCAAUUGCAAGAAAAAAAAAUGGAAAAAGAUCCAGGCAAAUUGCUUCUUUGGGCUGCUGAAAAAAAUCGGCUUACUACAGUGCAGAGAUUACUUUCUGAAAAGGCCACCGAUGUGAACAUUAGGGAUGAAGAUGAGUAUAUCUUUCAUCGAGCAGCCUACAGUGGACACUUAGAUAUUGUCCGUGAGCUGAUUGCACAAGGAGAUGUUCACGCAGUGACUGUGGAUGGCUGGACGCUGCACAGUGCUUGUAAGUGGAAUAACACCAGAGUUGCUUCUUUCUUACUUCAGCAUGACGCAGACAUCAUGCCCAAACAAAAGGCUCUUGACCCCUUGCAUCUUGCUGCUGGGAACAGAGACAGCAAAGAUACCCUAGUCCUCCUGAUGAACCGUUACAUCAAACCAGGUCUGAAAAACAACCUGGAAGAAACUGCAUUUGAUAUCGCCAGGAGCAAGUAUCUAUCACUACUCUUUGAAAUUGUGGAAGGCUGUACAAAUUCUUCACCUCAGUCUUAA